GAUGGCUUAUACUUGUAUAGGGGCUGGUAAUUGUGUUAUUGAUAAGGCACGAAGAAAUUGGUGCCCUCACUGUAGACUUCGAAAAUGCUUAAGCGUUCGCAUGAACAAAAAUGCUGUUCAAGAGGAGAGAGGUCCUAGAAAGAAUAAAGGACAUAAAAUGAGAAAACCAGAGAGUGUCAUUCCAGCUUCCUUUUUAUAUCAAAGUCGUCAAGUUCCGCAAUUAGCGGCAACUCCUAUUUUCUCAGUGCCCUCGAUUUUACAAGCCAGACGAGGUGGGUCUGAAUGUGGACACAGUGAGGAAAAACGGAAUAUUACAACUAAAACCUUGCAGAGAGAAACUGUGGCAAAACAAUUAUCCGUUCAAAUUCUCUUAACAGCUGUUAGAAAGAUUCAGGCAUCCUAUUUUUUUUCAAAUUUACAUACAUUUGACAAAUCUGUUCUAAUGAGAACGACAUGGAAGAAUUUGUUCCUUUUGCAUGCAAGCUCUUGGUCAAUAGAUAUAGGAGGCUUACUUAUUCAUUGGUAUGGAACUUUCGGCCAAUUGGAUCCCAAAGUUUCUGAAGAAAGUAUGGAUAAGAUAAGACAAGCUAUAAUUAAUUGCCAAAAUUUGAAUUUUGAUUCAAUCGAAUUUACAUAUAUAGAACAAAUUCUCUUCCUCGAUACAGAUGCCCAAGUUUUGGAAAAAGAUCGAAUAAAAAGAUUACACGAACAUUGUUGUUCAUCUCUAUCUAAUUAUACUAAAGAGAAGACUGCAAACGACACAAUGAGGAUAGGAAAGAUUCUUUUUUCGGUUAACCUUCUAAGGACAAUACCUCACGAUUUUGUUAAGGAUGCUUUCUUCAAGAAAAUCUUUGGAGUGAAUUUAAAUUCUCUCUUAGGGCUUGCUUGUUAUUAA